AUGGCUUCAUUAAUCAAUCCAACGAAAAAUCGUCUUUCACCAACGCGAAUCUUUCCUAAACCAGCGAUUACUAACAUUUCACCGCCUAUUCAUUUAGCCCUAUCAUCACCACCGCCCAUCAGCCACUGGUCGCAAACCUGUCAUGAAACAAUCUUAUCAUUAGAUGAAAAUCACCAUUCAAUUAAAUUAAAUCUCUCCGGCGGAGCUGAUAAUGGUCAAUUUGUUUAUUUAAAUGAAUCGAUAUCAUUACUAAGAAAUCACCAUUCGACAUUCGUCAUACUCAAAGGUGGCAAAAUCGAUUUCGAUGAAAUUGUACUUGAAAUUGAUCAACACAAAGUUGCUGGAUGCACACUAGCUGAUGUUCAAUUACUAAUUGAAACACUUUCUAUUAAUAACAAACAAAUCAAAUUAAAAACUGUGAAAUCGGGUUUGACCAAAGAUCUUCGUCAAUUUCUCGAUGCACGCUUCCAAAAAGGUUCCAUCGAUCAUGAUCUUCAACAGACGAUUCGUGACAAUCUUUACAUGAGAACAGUUCCUUGCACGACUCGUCCACCGCGACCAGGUGAAAUCAAUGGUCAAGAUUAUACAUUUUUGAAUACGAAAGACUUUCGUGCACUAGAAAAAAGUGGUAAUCUACUUGAAAGUGGUGUCUAUAAAGGACAUUACUAUGGAACUCCUCGACCACCAAAGGAAUCGAUUUUAACCAACGGGCAACAUCAAUACCUUUCGUCAACAUCAAAUCCUAAUCUUUUACGACGUAGUAAUUCAGCGAAUGAAAUGUUUCAACAACAGCUUACAACUGAUAAUGGAAUUGAUAGUAACGGUAUGCAUUAUCAAUUCCCCAACAAUGAUCCGGAAUUUUUUAAUGGUCAUAGUCCCAAUGAUCAAGUCUUCCAUCAAACUAAUGGUGAAAAUCCUGCGUCAACAAUAUCACGAUCAAUGCUGAAUGAAAAUACCACGCCGUCAUCUGCACCGUUAUCAGGUGAAUUAAUUUCGUGUUCAUUACAAAAGAGUUCCAAUGGCUUCGGCUUUACCAUCAUUGGUGGAAAUGAAAAAGGAGAACAUUUUCUGCAAAUUAAAGAUAUCCUUUCUGAUGGACCCGCAGCCCGUGAUGGCAAACUUCGUCGAGGUGACAUUCUCGUCUAUGUCAAUGAUACAAAUGUACUUGGUUUUAGUCAUACAGAUGUAGUUCGCAUCUUUCAAUCAUUAUCAUUAAAUGAAGUUAUUCGUUUAACCGUUUGUCGGGGCUAUCCACUUGUUGUUAAUUUUGAUGAUCCACAAAUUGAUGUCGUCUCAUUAAAUGGCGUGCAUAAUUCUCUUCCGACAAAUCAUUUACCCAACGGCGGUUACACCGAAUAUCAGCCUGAAAGCCUUUCUCCUCGAAUUUAUUCAAUCAAAAUCCGUAAAGGUGACAAUGGCUUCGGCUUUACUGUUGCAGACAGUCCACUAGGUCAACGAGUGAAAGCCAUUGUCGACAAACAUCGUUGUCAAGAUCUCUGUGAAAAUGAUUUAUUACUCUCGAUCAAUGGUCAAGAUUUGACUGGUAAACAACAUGCUGAUGUGGUCGAUGUACUUGUGAAAUGCUCAAGAGAUAUCGAAACAUUAUUUGUUAUACGACGAGGUGAUCCGGACGUCAAUAAUAACAAUAACAACAACAACAACAACAAUAAUAAUAAUAACACUAAUAACAACAAUAAUAAUAAUCUAUUAAAUGGCACCAAUCGUUUUGACAAAACAAACCAGGAAAAUGAUCAAAUUGAUACACGAUACUCAUCAGUCAAAUUGAACGACAAACCUCGCAGUAAAACUCCAACACCAUUCGGCUCAACACCAAUAGUCGAUACGUUACCAUUACGUUCUCGAACACCAUUACCAGUAACAAAUACGAAUCAUCAUUCGACAACAAUUGAUAACAACAAUCCGUACGACAAUAACUUGAGUUUUCUCUUACCGAAUAGUGCGGAUACAUCGACACCGAUUAUCGAUACUGACUUUACACACAAUACGAUGAACACAUUUGAUCGGCAAACAGCUUGGUCGCGCAGUGCACGUGACAUACGAACAACAACGUCGACAACAAGCAAUAACGCGCCUCUACUACGAAGUAAAACACCAGGACCAGAAUUUGGUGCCACGGUUACUUCGUCAUAUCGAGCAAAUACGUUAUUAGGAACGAAACAGCGAAGUAAAACACCAACAGCAAACGAUUUUUCUUCGAGUACUUUACAUAAUAGUCGAUCUUUACAAUCGGUUCAUCCUCAAUACUUUGAAUUAGUUGUUAAUUUGACACUUUUACGUCCAAAUGACGGCUUUGGCCUUCGAAUAGUAGGUGGCGAAGAAGAAAAGUCGCAGGUGUGUGUCGGACGAAUUGUGCCCAACUCUCCCGCCUACAUCGAUGGUCGCCUUCGCAAAGGUGACGAAAUCAUCAAAAUCGAUGGUCAUUCAACAAUUCGUGCUUCACAUGAGCGUGUUGUCCAGCUUAUGCAGCAAGCAAAAGAGAACCAACGAGUUAGUCUAAUUGUCCGACGGUACCUGUAUCCAAACAACAACAACAAUCUGUCAAAUCAAUAUAAUCAAACAGAUCUUGAUUCGUAUCCAUCAAAUGACUUUCGUGCAACACCAUCUAUUCAUGACAAUGGCGUACGUUAUGUUACGUUACAAAAACUGAACGAUAAUCAAAGUUUCGGCUUUGUUAUAAUAUCAUCACAGAAUAAAGCCGGUGCUACUGUUGAUGAGACUCGAUCUGAACAGAUCGAAAAUAGUGUCAUUCAUAAAGUCUGGAUAGGAAAAAUCAUUUCAAAUAGUCCAGCUGAUCAAUGCGGGCAACUUCAUAUAAAUGAUCGUAUUCUGGCGGUUAAUGGUGUCGAUUUAACUCACAUGUUACAUACAGAUGUUGUUAAUUUAAUCAAAGAAUCAGGCCGAACAAUAACACUCAAAAUCGGUCCACCUCUUCCUUAUGAUGAACGAACACAAGAUUUUUCAACUCAAUCAUUUACAUCGAUGUCGAAUCAUAAUUUAUCCAAUGGAAUUCGACCUUCAUCAUCUUCACCGAUGGUUACAACGAACGGCAAUCAUUAUAAUCACCAUCCAAUGUCAGCAACCAAUAUUACCCAUGCGAAUACGAAUGGAAAUCAUACGAUUCGAAAUGCCUUUUCACAUAAUCCAUUGAAUAUUCUUGAAAGAAAUCAAAGUCGUCCACCAUCACGAGCCAAUGGUGUUUUGCAAUCAUCGUCAAUGCCCGAUGAUUAUUUCACUGUUGAUCUUCAACGGCCGUAUCCGAACUCAAGUUUUGGCUUUAGUAUUCGUGGCGGACGUGAAUUUUCAAUUCCAUUGUUUAUAUUGAAAUUAGCAGAAAAUGGUCCAGCUGCACGAGAUGGUCGAAUGAAGUCUGGAGAUCAAAUUAUUGAAAUCAAUGGUCGUUCAACUUACGGUAUGACACAUAAUGAAGCUAUAUCAUUAAUUCGUGAUGGUGGUCUGUAUGUUCGAUUAUUAUUACGAAAGACCAAUGCUCCACCACCCAGUCUCGAUGAAGUGAAAACUGCAAUGACACCAAUGAACAACGGGACGGAAUAUUAUAAUCCAGGACAAAGUAAUCAUUGGCAACCAAGUGGUUAUGCAUAA